GGGCCCUGGGGGCGGGACAUCGGAGCGGCGGCGGAGUGGUUUGAGAGACCGCCAUGGAGGAGGAAGAGGUCCACCUGCAAGAAGCAGACCGAGGAAGGCUAAGCCCAUCGGACUCGGAGACCGUGGAUACUGAGCCAAGCACUCUGCUGCACAAGUUAAAGAGUGGCAUCAACAAAAAUGUCCAGAUAAAAGUGGAAAAUGUUCUGCAAGAAGUCAGAGGAUUUUCCGAUUCUGAGAAGCUUUAUUUCUACCUUCAACUUCCUUCAGGACCGAGCCAUGGAGAGAAAAGCAGCACCAAUGUCAGUGCCAGUGACCAGUACCCCACAAGCACUGCCGACCAAAUGCACGCUUGCAACUGGAUAAGGAACCAUCUUGAGGAGCAUCCAGACACCUGUCUGCCAAAGCAACAUGUCUACGAAUCUUACAAGCGUUACUGUGAUAACCUGUCCUACCGGCUCCUGAGUGCAGCCAACUUUGGCAAAAUCAUGCGCGAUGUCUUUCCUAACUUCAAGGCUCGACGACUGGGAGGGCGAGGCCAGUCUAAGUACUGCUAUGGCGGCAUAAGAAGAAAGACCGUGGUUAGUAUGCCUUCUCUUCCAAGCCUGGAUUUGAAACUCCCAGAUCCAUCCGAGUUGAAGGAAGGCGACAAGUCGCAGCAGAACGAGACGCUGAUGACUGCGGCCAUCAGCCUGAUCUGCGAGUGGGCGCAGCGGGUGCUGAUGAGGCAGUUUGACACGGUGAUAGACCUGGCCCGCUUCCUGGUGAUGGAACACCUCAUCAGCCCCAGAACCAAGAACGCCACGAUGGUGAUGGAGGAGCUGAUGACCGAAAACAUGCUGAAAGGGGAGAAAGACCCAAAGCAUCGACAGCAGUCCAAGAACGCGGGGAAGAACGUUGAGGAGAGGACGCAAGACUCGCAGACGGAGACGUUGAAAGGGACGGUGCCGCGCUCCCCGAGCGGGAAAGACGUGUCGCCAUCAGCCGUGCGAGUGAAGCAGCCCACCGUGGUCGAUGUUGACAGCGUGAUAAACCGCUUCGCCCCCAUCCGGCCCAAGGCGCUGGCCAAGAAGCUGGUGGCCAUCUCUGCCGCCGGUGUGAUCGCCCGCUCGGCCUUGCCCCUCACGUUGGGCACCAUCCCCCUGUCCCCGGGGCCCGGCGGAGGCACGGGCAUGGUGCCGCUGCUGAAGAAGGUCACCGUCAUCCUGCCGAGCGUGUCGGCCAGCCCGGUGAGGCUGCCGGCUCCGCCCGCCGAGGUGCCGCCUCCCUCCGCCAUCGCCGCGGGGCCGAAGGACGUCAAGCUCCCGCCCGGACAGCCGCCGCGCAAACGGCACGCCUGCCGCCCGCUGCUGCUGCCGCCGCUCGGCGCUGAGCAUCUCUCCAAGAAGAGGAGGGGGAGGCCGCGGAAGGCCUCGCCGCACACGGGCGGAGCGGGCAAGAGCGGGGUGGCACCCCCCAGCAGGCAACAGGCCCCGGCCGCCAUCUUGCCGCCGGAUAUCGCCCCGGCCCCACGGCUGCCGCCAGCAGGAACGGUCGCCGCCGCCGCUGCCCCGGCACCUCAGGCAGGAGCCCGUGUCCUUCCCCCUCCCCCUCCCCCUCCUCCCGUCCCCCCCUCGCUCGGCCAGCCCAGGACUAACACCGGGGCUGCCGGCUCGGCGGUCCGCAAGUCCUCGGUGAUCAGGUCGCUGCCCGGCCUGGCAGCGCGGGACUCAAAGUACAGGGUCGCCAGCGCACAGGACCCCCGCCAACCGCAGACCACGGCACCUCGGCCCACUUCAUCCGGGCUGCCUUAAGGGUUUUGCAAACCCUAAGGACCGGCUGAGCAAGCUGAGCAUUGAGGGAGAGGGAGGGAGAGACAGACAGACAGUUAGACAGACAGAGAGACGGACACCCAGAGUGAGAAAGACUGACAGAGAGAGACAGACGGACAGAAAGAGGCGGACAGAGAGAAAGAUGGAGAGAGAGUGAGAGCGAGGUAGAGAGAGAGAUAGACAGACGGAGAAAGACGGAGAGAGAGAGAGACAGACGGAGAGAGACAGACGGGGAGAGACAGACAGGGAGAGAGACAGACGGAGAGACAGACGGGGAGGGACAGACGGAGAGAGAGAGUGAGAGCGAUAAACAUAGACAGAGAGAGAGACACACUGAUGGAGAGAGACAGACACUGAGACGGACAGAGAGAGUGAGAGACACACAGACAGAGACAGAGAGACAGUGAGAGAAAGAGACACACAGAGAGACAGAGAGACAGAGACAGACAGAGGGAGAGAGAGUUGGCGACGUCCAACACAUACAGCCAGCCGUCUGGUGAUAUCGCAUCCUGCAGUCCAAAAACAUUUAGUGCUGCCCGAUACCAAACUCCUGCUCUGCCUCUCCCAACCACAAAGAGAAGUUCAGCUCCCCUCUCCCACCCUCCAAAUCUUCGAGGGACCUGAUGCUUUGAAGAUCUGAUGGACUUUUGUAAAUGCCAUCCUGUAAAACUGAACAACAGCUUUGACAUAUUUGUGUCUCAAAAAUCUUCACCACACCCCCCCCCCCCCC